UUUUGCACACAUUCAACAAUUCGCCAUUGUUAUUUUUGUUGUCAUGUUGCACAGAUUGCAAAUGAAAACCAAUAUGCGCGUUCAAAAACAAGCACUCAGUAGCGCUUUAGCGGCCAGUAAAACAAAACAGCAAGUGUAUGGAAAUGUCAAGCGUCUUACUUCAUUUCCCACAAUGCAUAGUCCGGUGACGUCAUAUGAACGCGUCCUCCAAGCGAAUCAACGCAACGAUGGGUCCUGUCGAGUUGCUGCACAUGUCUGUGUACUCUCAAAGUUUUUCGCCAUGCGGACGCUACCUGGCAGCGGGAAACAACUACGGAGAGAUCGGCAUCUUUAGUCUGUGCGCAGCUUUGAGUCCAGAUGGAUCAGAGGCGGGACGAAAGCCCGUGUUAACAUUUCCAGCUCACGACGGUCCGGUGUUCUGUCUGGAGUCGUUUGGUGGGCAACUUCUAAGCGCAGGCAACGGUUCGGUCAGCGCCUGGAAUUGGGCCGACCUCAUCAAGAAGAAUGUCAAAGCGGCAUGGACCAAGCGACCCGAAUACAAAGGCAGCAUGGAGAUCCCAGAGAUCAAUGCCAUGGUCGUGAAUCCCCGAGACAACAGCGUGGUGUUUGGCGGCGGUGACAACAAUGUUCACGUCCUGGACCUGGAACACGGCAAAUUCAAGUCCGUCUUUGAGGGACACUCGGACUACGUCCAAUGCCUGAGUGUGAGAGAACGUGAGGGGGAGGUUCUAUCAGGCAGCGAGGACGGCACCGUCAGGAUUUGGGACUGCAGAACGUCCGAUUGCGUCCACCGUGUGGAUGUGCACAAGUACGAAAAAUGUGCCCGCCCUCAGUUUGGCAAGUGGAUCAGCUGUUUGACGACCGACUCCGAUUGGAUGCUGUGCGGUGGAGGCCCAUCCCUUUCCCUUUGGCACCUCCGCUCUCUUACGCCGACAUCAGUCUUCGGGCUGAGUGGGUGGCAGCGGCAAGCACUCUUCUACCAGGACAUGAUUCUGGCGGUGGGCCAAGGUCCCACGGUGUCGCACUGCCUGCUGGGGGGUCAGGUUAAGGCUCAGAUCCCGUGCACGCCCAACAACGUCAACAGUCUGGCCCUUAACACCAACAGUACUGAACACCAGGUUUUGACCGUGGCAGGAAGCAGCCAACAUGUUGACGUGUUCACCAAUGUGUCCUAUAGAGCCUUCUCUCUACAUUUUUAAGACUUUUUUUUUUUUUUUAAUCAAUGUGAAUAAAACUUUGUCAUACAUAUAUAAAAUGCAAUGCUUGU